AUGGCUGUCCUACGAUUGCGCGGCAAGCCAGUCACCGGAUACAAUAUCCUCAUCAUCGCUUUUGCCACUUUCGGAAGUAUCACAUAUGGGUACUGUUCUGCCAUUAUCGGAUCAACCCUUGGACAACCUUCGUUCCUCAGCUACUUCGGCCUAGAUACCGCGAGUAACGCGCCUGCACUGAUUGGUGCCAUCAAUGGCCUGUUCCAAGGCGGAGGUCUUCUGGGCACCUUGACGUUUGGAGCCUUGGCUGACAAGAUUGGUCGUUGCAAAGCCAUGUUUUGUGCAAGUAUACUCGCCGUCAUUGGAGGUGGCCUUCAGGCGGGAUCCGUUCAUCUGGCUAUGUACCUUGUCGCUAGGUUCUUGACGGGUUUCGCUGUCGGCGGCCUGGUCAUGAUUGUACCCCUUUGGCAAAGCGAGGUCGCCCCUCCUCACGCUCGUGGUCUUCUCGUUGGUCUCCACGGUGUUUCCAUCUUGCUGGGCUACUCAACAUCGGCGUGGGUCGGGUUUGGCUUCUUCUUUGUCAAUGCCCAAGGAGCUCAGUGGCGCCCUCCGCUGGCAAUCCAAUGCUUUCCCCCACUUGUUUUGGCUUGUGGUGUGUACUUCAUUCCUGAAUCUCCUCGCUGGCUCGUUGAGAAUGGCCAGCAUGAUAGGGCGGAGACCAUACUCCAACGGAUUUACAAGGAUUCCAGCGAUCCGACUAAUCGAGAGGCGCGUGUCGAGUUCGGUCAGAUCCACGCUCAGGUGGAACUCGAACGUCAUCUGCCAUCAUCCUGGAGUGCCAUUUUCACUGUCCCACAUUAUCGUAAGAGGGCAUUGAUCGGGUUCACGACACUACUUGCCGGUCAGCUGACAGGAACCACUGUCAUCAACAACUACGGACCAUCACUGUACUCGGCUCUUGGACACGGCGCCUCAGACAGUCUCGCUCUCUCCGCCGGCUGGUUGACCGAGGGACUUGUCUGCAACGCCAUCAACGCCUUGCUGCUUGAUUAUGUGGGACGCAAGUGGCUCAUGACCACAGGCCUCAUUGGUUGUGCAGUUUCUCUGCUCGGCGUCAGCGUCAUGGUUGCAAUUUAUGGCGGUACCACCAAUAAAGGUGGCAACGGAGCUGGCGUCUUCUUUCUCUACCUUCAUCUUACCUUCUACGCUACCUGCAUGGAUGCCUCUACCUAUGUUUACGGCUCUGAGAUCUGGCCUACCCAUCUUCGAGGUAAAGGAUUUGCCAUCUCUUGCGCAGGCCUCUUUGUAGGGUCACUUACAUUGUUGGAGGCCGCGCCUACCGCGUUCGAAACCAUUGGUUGGAGGUUCUAUCUGAUUAUGAUGGCAUUUACCAUCAUUUGUGCUGUCAUUUUCGCUCUCUAUUUUCCUGAGACUAAGGGUUUGACACUUGAAGAGAUUUCAUCCCUCUUUGGUGAUGAAGUUGCAAUUGAAGCUUCUCAUGCGGAAAACCACUCCUCUGUUGUCAGUGAGAGUGAGAAGGUUAAAGCCUAG